ACGUUCGCUCAAUUCGAUCAAUCAAAAUCGAUACCACCCAGCUGAGGGGGUGGAGGAGCGUGGAGAACACCCAAUUCAUCGUUCGUCCGAACCACAAUUCGCGCAUGCAGCUACGCCGCCAGUGUCGAUUCCUUUGAAAUGGAUUCACCAUCGUUAUCCGGCUUUUCUUCCUCCGUAUUUUAUCACUGAACGCCCUGCCGUGAGGCUCCUCCUUCGUCAUCGCAGCAUCGAAACUCAGCCGUGAACUCGUCGUGCGUUAAGCUAACAUGGCGUGGAAUAAAGCUAUCGGAAUUGAUCUUGGGACCACCUACUCUUGCGUUGGUGUCUGGCACAAUGAUCGUGUUGAAAUCAUUCCCAAUGACCGUCAGGGUGACCGUACGACACCAUCCUGUGUCGCUUUCACUGGAAGCAGGCGUCUGAUCGGUGAUGCUGCUAAAAACCAAACAUUCAUGAACCCAAAUAACACGUAAAUCUUGCCUAUGUGCUUUAUACACUUUGUCCUAACUUGUGCUUUAUUCUUGAG